GCUGUACAAUAUAUACAUGUGUGUAUAUAUAUAUAUACAUAUAUAUGUAUAUUUUUUUCUUUAUUACAACGUUUACUUGGCAUCUUUUUUUUCAUUCUUUUUUUUUCUUUUUUUUCUUUUUUUUUUAAUUAAUUAAAUUGCAAGAUAUCUCGUAUAUCUGUCCACAGGUUCGAGAUGGAUUUAUAAUGUUUGAUAUUUUUCUUGAAUGAUCUCUCUCUCUCUCUCUCUUUCUUUUAUACAUUUUUAUCAUUUUACGAUAAUUUAAACUGAGAUGUUGGGGAGGAAAGAGAAAGGUGAAAAGAGAAAGAGAGAAAGAAAGAAAGGCAACAUUUGAUCGAGAGAUAAUCCAUGUAGUGGUCAUCGUCGUCGAUAGAUCCAACCAAAGAUAGUAGAGUAAAAGGAAAGAUCAUUGAAUGGGAGUAGGAAGGGAGAUAGGAAAGGAAGACGGACCAAGAUCGUUUAUUGCAAGGUGCUAACGAUUGUUUUGACAGCGGUUCCCCGUGUUCAAAACCUAUGCCGUCGACGGACACGCUCUCGUAGUUACACCAAGAGAUGCUCCGAAAUCCCCAUUGUUACUGUAGACCGAUUGGAAUCAAUAUUUACAUUCGAAUCCUUGUAAGCCUAGGAUUAGUAGAGGCUAAACCGAUCUUCCCAACCCUUUUUCCUCCGAAUGGAAAAGAUUCAAACGGGUUGGUUAACGAGCAUUCAAGUUUUUCUUUUCUUGAGAGGGUGAUCGAAUUGUCCAAUGUCGCUAUACGUUGCUUUCAUAUAUAUAUAUGCUUUUAUAUAUAUAUUUCUAUUUCAUUCGUUUUCUUUCGAAGAAGUGGACGCACGCUUCUCUUCACUCGAGGACCACCAUAAACGAUUCUUUCAACGAUUCCACGUGUCCAAAAAGAAUCGAGUGCUUGAAAAGAAAGAAAGAGAGAGAGAGAGAAUUUAGGGAGUUGUGUUAGAGGCGUGACUACACCGGUAGGUAUUUAGUUAAGGGUGAGAGACGAAUACAAUGCAAAAUCCCCUCUCUCUUUCUUUCUUUCUCUCUUGAUCGUCAUUGUCCUUUUCCAUUGGCGCGUUUAGUUCAACGAUUAUGAACAGCGUACGUCGUCCACGUGAAACGUUCGUGUCCGAUCAACGGUCUGUGGAUAAUUCUUUAUUGGAUUAACUCGCAGUGGAAAUUCUCUGGGAAUCUUUCGUCUUUCGUUUUCCUUUAUCUCGUUGUCAACAAAUUUUCUAUAACUUUACUCUUCUCGUUUUAUUUUACAUUAAUAAAAAAGAUAUUUAUUGCAAAAUUUGCUCGGUGGAAUUUUACGAGAAUUUUUUUACGAGAAAAUGUUACGUUGAAAUUGUAUAUCUCUUUGAAACAAUACGUUUUUGGUAAUUAACUAUUAUAUUUUCAUAUAUCUUUUAAGUAGCCAUCUAUUCGGCUAAAAAAAGAUGGUUCCUAAGUCGUUAAAAACGAUUUCGCUUUUACCGACUCUAUCGUGACUUUCGUUGCAAAUACUUUGUCGGUAAUAGACCGUCUGAUAACUUACCGUCUAUAUUACCAUCUGUGAGUUUUUUAUCGAUACUAAAAUUUUUCGUCGGUCGGUAACAUCGUUUUUAUUCUCUUCCGAGGGUAAAGAAUUUUCCUGUACUUAUCAACAUUCGAGCAAUGUACCUAUCACCGAUUUUUUUUGUUCAUUCUCACACGCAGGACACUGUUGGAAGAUAAUAAAUAACUCAAUGUUGAAAUUUAUCGGUAAUAAAAUUAUCAAUAACGAUUUUUAUAUAAAUAAGGUGAAGUUAUAUUAAAAAGAAAAACAAAUAAAUAAAAAGAAGAAAUAAAAAGAAGAGAAAAAGAAAAAAAAAGAGAACAAAGAAAAGUUCAGAUAAUAACGAUCGAUGAAUUUAACAAAAACUAUUUUUGUUUAUAACAAGUACUGAGAAUUCCGUCAAUGAUUAAUUUCUUUUUUAUUCCAAACGAAACGUCGUAUAUCAAAUCGAAAAUUAGGAUACGAAUAUGGUUCUCAUAAUAAUAAUCGCAUAAUAGUAGUCGCAUAAUAAAGCCAUUAUUUGGAUAUUUGGGAUUACGUUGGCAAAAGAACGUGGGUCGAAACUCGUGGCCAAGUAUAAGGCACAUCGCUAAAAUCGUUACGGACAAAAGGUUCCCGUUCGAUCUCUUUAUAGUUACGUCGAAGCACGUGCCCCACAUAAUUCACUAUUGAUGGUUAUAUUCCAUUGUGAAGGAGCCCUAUUACCGGCGUUUACGUGCGGACUUCGAACGAAACGACGAAAUUGUAAAUACGUUGUUCCGACGACGACGACGAUGACAACGACGACAACGAUCCGACGUCGCCAUCCGGAUAUUUUUCUUGUUCGUCGUAUACGUUGAAAUAAAUUCGAACAGACUAAUCGUUUCUACGAGUUGUAGGAUCUUAUCGCGUUGUUACUUUUCAAAAUGAUAUAACUUUAAAGCGUAAUAAAUUUAACUCGAAUUUAUUUUCUUUCUUUUUCUUUCUCUCUCUCGAAGAAAAAAAAAGAUUCGAUUCUCUUAAAUCGAUUCGCGAAAUGAAUAAAUUCGAUUAUGAAAAUAUCUUAUUUUGGAACAAUAGGAUUAGAAAAUAUUAACGUGUCGUAAUAUCGAUUUGUUUACGUCGUCGUUUACAUUACUUUCCAAAGUUAAUCAUUCAAUUAUAAAAUAUUAAUGAGUAAGAAUGUAUCGUUUAAUCGUCCAAGAUAAUUUGCGUAAUAAAAUUUGCACAUAUAAUUGAGAUUAUACGUAAUUAAAAAAUAUAUAUAUAUGUGUGUGUGUGUGCGUACGUAUAUACGUGUUAUCAGAUAAAUCUAAACUCUUUUCUCGAUUCACCGAACUAACGAUAAUAGAAAGGAAGAUAUAAAGAGGGGUUGAGAAUUGGUUCGAAAGCACCCUAGGUAAGUGUUAAGUGUAACAACAAACCCUUCGCUCCCUACUCGAAAGUGAAGGUUCACAAGCGUUAUACGACGACCCUAUUACGAACCGGAGAGGAUUGUGUGUUUUGUAAAGAUCAUAAACUGAAACAUAACCGUUCGAAUAAUUAAUCGAUCAAUCGUCGCCAUCUUCUAUCAAUUUCAAACGGGUCAUCGAUCUUACAUACGAUUCUUUUUCUUUUUCGUAAUUCAUUUCCUCUUUUCGUCGUUAUUUUUUAAAUCAAAAAAAAAGAAACAAAGAAAAUAACAUACAAAAGAUCAUUGAGAUUAAUCAAUAGAACGAAGUCGCUUGUUACAAUAAAAAAUUAAAUUCGAUUACAUAAUCGUACAUCGAGAUGCAAUUUUUUCUUACCGACGUAAUCGCGCUUAUAAAUCUUACGAGGAAAGAAUCAACAAAAAAACACACACACACACACAUAUAUAUAUAGAUGAAAAUAAAAAGAAAAAUAAAAAAGAAUGAUAAAAUCAGAAAAAGAAAAAGCGUUUCUCUAUCGAACGGAAAGAGAUUCUUCGUGAGAGCGACGAGGGGAAAAAGGAAGAAGAAACACGAAAAGAAGAAAAAGAAGAAGAAGAAGAAGAAAAAGAAAAAGAAGAGGAAGACGAAAAAUAAUCGAGAAUCGAUUCUUACAAGAGUGCUGACCAGGAGGAUAGGGAAACCGAUUUGCGAUUGCUACGGAAUUGUUUCGGAUUGGCAUUCGAGUGGCAAACACGUUCGAAGAGAAGGAAGGUACGAGGGAAUGGGAUGGAGGACAUAUUCUGAGAAGGAUGGACGGUCCAGCGGUGUUGUCGAUGCCACCGUUGACCGGAACUCAAAAAUCGACUGGACAAUCGUCGCAAUCCCAAUCUCAUUCGAAGCCGAAUCAAGAGUUGCAGGUUGGUACCGUAUCGCUUUAUGGGAUUCACAUCGUUUCGUUGGUCAUCGAAGGACAGGAAAGGCUUUGCCUAGCACAAAUUAGCAAUACCUUGUUGAAGCAAUUCAGCUACAACGAAAUCCAUAAUCGUCGGGUCGCGUUGGGUAUUACGUGCGUGCAAUGUACACCCGUUCAGUUAGAGAUACUACGUCGUGCUGGUGCGAUGCCGGUGUCUUCGAGAAGAUGCGGAAUGAUCACUCGAAGGGAAGCCGAAAGACUUUGUAAAUCGUUUCUCGGUGAUAACGCUCCACCUAGGUUGCCGGAAGAUUUCGCAUUCUCCGUUCAUCACGAGUGCGCCUGGGGUUGCCGUGGUGCGUUCCUGCCUGCACGUUAUAACAGUUCGAGAGCAAAAUGUAUCAAAUGCGCUUACUGCGGUCUCUUCUUUUCACCGAACAAAUUCAUCUUCCACUCGCAUAGAAUCGGCCCGUCGGACAAAUACGUACAACCGGACGCGGCCAAUUUCAAUUCGUGGCGCAGGCAUAUGAAAUUAUCUGGUAAUCCGCCGGACGAAGUGGUACACGCUUGGGAGGACGUUAAGGCGAUGUUCAAUGGCGGUACGAGAAAGAGAUUAUUGAGUAAUCCGAAUGCCAGAGAAUCACCUAGCCCGGCUAAACAGCCAAGAUCAUCGCCGACCAUGCCGGUUUCCACUCUCGUAUCAUCGCCGACGCAUCCUAGAGUACCACCAUUUCCGGAAUUACCAUUGCCAUUGUCCAGGAGUCUCGUUAUGGAUUACGUUUGGCAUCAACAUCAACAGGCAGCCGCCGUGGCCGUAGCCAAAAGUCCGGGAUUUGCAUUUCCACCGUACGCAUUACCUUGGCUUGCCAAGAGAAGCCCUGUCCUUUUUCCAGGACCAAUGGCACCGCCGAUAAGUGGUUCCAGCCCAACCGAACCUCAACUGAUACCAACGAUGAAUCCUCCGUUACAUCAGUCCGCAUUUCGACCGGUCAUUCGUGGUCCACCGAUCGGUGAACAAGCACUCGCCUCGCUUCAGGAAACGUCUCAGGACGCCAAUUCCAAUGGCAAAGAGGAAAACUCCGACGACGAGGUCGACAUAGAAACGACCGAGGACGAUCCAGCGACGCCGCUUAACGCGACCCUUCAUAAUCUUCAUUCAGCUACGAAUUCUGGUAUCGCUAGUCAUUCCAC